AUGGUUGCCAAGAAUGUAGAAGGCAGCACCGGCGUCAAGGAGAUGCCACAGUUCCCAGCAGAGCCUGCCCCGGAGAUUGCUGGCUCGGGUGCGAAUGUAGGCAAAGUGCGGACCUGGAACGACACCAAGGGCUACGGCUUCAUUGAUCUGCCCGGACAGCCGAAUGUUUGGCUGCACGUCAAGGAGUGCAUCAACACCCAGCCACAGCAAGGCGAUUGGGUCCGCUUUGACGUGCAGCCCAGUGAGACCAAGCCGGGACAGAUGGUCGCUAAGAAUGUCACCGGCGGAAGCCAGCCCCUGGGCCAACGUGGCUACGGCCCUGUGUCAAACGGAGGAGCAGGCACAGUUGCUGCAGCUGGGUACAGCCCCUAUGGUGUUACUGGCCUGACGGCAGGUGCCUUGCAAGGUGUCGCAGGCUAUGCCGUACAAGUUCAGCAACCAGCCCUGACGGCGUUGCCCGGUGGCGGAUACGUCCUGCAGCAGUCUUUGCCUGUACAGGCAGUGCCCCAACAGGGACUGCAGCAGGGCUUGUAUGGCGUGGCUGGCAUGCAGCAAUACGCCAUUCAACAGCCGGGAAUGCAGCAGCUGCAGCAAUUCGCAGUCCAGCCGGGCCUGCAGCAGUUCGCAGUGCAGCCUGGCAUGCAGCAGUUCGCUGUGCAGCAGCCGGGCGUGCAGCAACUGCUGCAACCUGGCAUGCAGCAGUACCUGAUGCAACAGCCGCUGAUGCAGCAACAGACGCUUCUUCAGCAACCGGUGGGCCUCCAGGACGCUGCCGCCGCUGGCCUACCUGUGAUGGCCGAUCCUUCACAAGCUGCGUUGCAGAUCGGAAUGGCGCAGGCCAUGCCGGGGGCAGGGGCGGUGGCCGGGGCGAUCGAGGCGACUAUCGAGGCCCAGCCUCCACCAGUGCCACCGCCGCCUGAACCGCCGCUCGGGGGAGUGCCGCAGGAGGCACUGCCAGCGGCACCACCAGCACCCGCACCAGAGCAUGCGGAGCAGGCGGUGCAACCAGGUGAGCCUGCCCUCCCGCCAGCACCCGCACCACAAGAAGCGCCUGGCGAUGCGAGCGUGGCAGCGCAACUUGCCGCUGUGGUCGGCAGCCCACCACCGCCCCCACCCGCAGAUGCCGCCACGCCACAAUGA